GACCACAAUUACAGACUGUGUGUAAUUGGUGUCGAUUUGCGAGCAAUCGACAUCUCCCAUUUGCUUUAACAUGACAAAUAUUGAAUAUUGAGUGGGUUUGGUUCCAUCAUUUUCCAAAAAUAUAUGGAACAAUCAAGAAGGAUCAUCCGCGAAUAUUCCCAAUGUUUUCUCCAAGAAGAAGAGAUCUUUUUUCAUCACAGAACAUGCAAAUCUUGUGCAGAUUUUGAUGCAGUUUGAGGUCACCUCACCUGAAACUGACCCUCUUUAGGCUUAGUUUAAAACAUGCCAAACUUGGAAAUUUUACAGCAACAUCAUCAGAUGGUAAUGUUGUGUAGGGCUUAUCUUCCUCUGCCAAUCACCAUCUUUCUAACCUCAUGCCAUUAGGACAACUUUCAACAAAUUCUUGAAUCAUUGUUGGGAGGUUAGUUACGUUUAUAUGUAUAUAGGGUUGGGUUACAUAAGAAAUAAGAACCAAAUGCAACCACUAAAUAAAUUAGAUUGAAUGGACGUGAAAUUUGUGAUUCAUUAUGUUUAUAGAAAGUAGUCGUUUACGUGCAUAUGAAUACGUUAUAGUCUCAUAAAUUAAGUAGUAUCGAUGAUCUUAAUCGAUUCUAAAGGCGAAUUUAUUUUUACUGAAGGAUGAAAAAAAGAUAAGGUGGGGAUGAAGAAUUUUAUAAGUUGAGACCACCAAAAAAUCAGAAAAAGGCGUAAUAACCACCCAUCCUAUUUCCACUGUCGAAAGCAGCUUUCCCCCAAUAAAUAGUCCCCCAUUUUCCCCUCACUUUAUCAGCAGCAAUCUCGUGCACAUUUCACUGCUCAAAUCUCACACUCGUGUAUGUAUAGUUGUUGAUCAUAGCAAAACAGAGAGAGAAAUUGAAGGCCAAAUAUGGCAGCCUGCGGUGGCAUAGAACACAUCUUCGAGAAGCCAUUGUCGGAAGCUCCGAACUUUCUAGAAGCCCUGUCGCCAUGGAAGCACAUGAAAGCCUUGAACAUCGAUGACGACUCUUCCUUGACAGAAAUGUUCGGCGAAUUGCAUUUCAAGGAAAAUCACAGCAACCCUUGUCUCUCUCCUUCACCAGCAUCCAGUCUAGAGAGAGACAAGGGCUACUACCAGAGAAAGCGCAGCUCCUCCGACAGCCUCUCCCUCUGCACGGAGGGGCUGGGCUUCGAGAGCUUCGACGAUGUGGAGGAGACAUCGUCGGGCCUCUGCCAUGGAGAUGGAGACGGAGAUGGAGAGAGGACUGCUGUUGCGAGGAAUCAACGGAGCUCGGCGAGGGAGGCGGCGUUGCAGUUGCAGUUCCCGCCCCCGAUUUCGUGCAUAGGGCGGAGCGGGAAGCCGUGGGUGUGCUUCAAGGCGUAUAGGGAAGAUGGGAGGUUCAUUCUCAAGGAAAUUCGGAUUCCCACACAGGAAUUCUUGCAUGCAUGCCGCCACGACGGCCGCCUCCAGCUGCGCUUCGUCCACUCCGACGACCACCAAGAUGUUGACGAUUGCAACUAGCUACACAAAUUUCAUUUUCUUUUUUCUUUUCUCUGUAUACUUUCUUUAAAUAAAUUAAGAAGAUGGUGUAUAAUUAAUCUUAAAAAUAUGCACUACAGAUUGAAAUU